AUGGCAACCCCGCUCGAUCCCUUCUCAGCCUUGUCAGCCACCGUCCCAUAUCAGGCCUCGCUGCCUCCUUUCCUCCCAACAUUUUGUACCAGCUAUGAGAUCUAUACCUUCCGCAUCCAAUUAUUCGCUAAAGGAUCACGUCGCACCUACCACAAGAGUUGCUACCAGGGAGAAAUUUCACACAGAAUGACCACCUCCCUCUGGGCGAGAGCCCUCUCCGCCCUCCCAGACAAAGAUCAGCGCAUGUUUCCCACGUCAGGCAUUGCAUCACCACCAGUCCCACAGACAUUGACCGACAUCAUCACUGCAAUCGAAAUGCAGCGCGAUCGUUGCAAACGCCACAAAUGGUCGACCACCACCAUCGGUGGCAAGGAGAUCAUCAUUCGUGAUUUUGCCAGUGUGGUCGAUAUCGUUGUUUCCUAUGACCCGGUCCAUGCGGCACUACCUUGGGCAGGAGUGCGCUUUGUGCUUCAGCUGUUCUUGAACGGAAUCGAAACUUUCGGUGCUAUUGUGGAGGGGCUCGAGACGUCUGUGAGGGUCAUUGCGCGGGGUGGAAUACUCGAAGGUUCAUAUUAUCAGAAGAACUCUGCGCUGAGUGAAGCAAGACAGGCCUUGCAAGAUGAAAUCGUCAAGUGCUAUACAGCGGUCUUGAAAUUUUUGUCUCUGGCGAGGAAAUAUUAUCAGUGCUCGCGAACGAAACGUGCGGUUGCCUUCAUGUCCAAAGACGAUUUUAGACACUGCACCAAGGAAAUAAAGAGUGCCGAGCAGCAAUUUCUGAUACAGAAGGGGCUCGCUGAUAGCGAAGACCUAGCUACAUCAACGGCGGACCAGGUCAAUGAUAUGAAAGCAAAACUAGAAAAAGCCCUCCUGGACCUUGAUAAGCCAGUAACACGAGUUGUGGAUCAAGUUUCCGACCUUCAUCGAGCUCUGAAAGACAACGAGAGGGACCAAACCCUGAGCUGGAUAUCAGCUGUCCCGGCUCAGAAACAUCUUCGUGAGGCAUCAACAUCGCUGAUGCCAGGCUCUGCAGAAUGGCUUUUCCGUCACCCUGAAUUCCAGGCAUGGAGCAAUUCUAGUAGCUCUGAGUUUCCCUAUCAAAUUGACAAGAAGCCGGCUGCGGAAAGUCCAAGAUCGCUACACUUUUUUUGCUCGAGAAACCCGGCGGAACCAGAGCGUGGCGAUGCUGGGGAGAUACUCCGAUCACUCAUAAAGCAGCUUUCUCUAUCCGCUAGUAACGAUCUGAUGAGGACUCCAGUCAUCGAGGAGUAUCGGAAACGCCUUAAAGAAGCAAAUUACUAUGGUGAAGGGCCAGCUGCUUUGUCUGUAGAAAGGUGCACCGAGCUUUUGUGUGAGCUUGGCCAGUCAGCCUCGGUCAUACUAAUUAUCGAUGCUCUUGAUGAAUGUGAUUCACAGCAGGGUAUGAUACUGCAGCAUUCUCUCGAAGAAAUGUGUCAGAGCUGUCGCGAUCUGGUCAAAUUAUUUAUCUCCAGUCGAUACGAAGAGGAUAUUGCUACUGGAUUCAGACAGAAACGGACUCUUUGUGUGACACCGCAAGGCACUGAAGAUGAUCUCAAACACUUCAUUGCUCUCCGCGUGAGCAAGUUUGUGUUAAGAUGGGCCGAUCUACACAGCGAGGCAAGCGAUAUACUACAACAGCUGGAGAAGGACCUGAAAGAGAUACUUAUUACUGGAGCACAAGGAAUGUUCCUAUGGGUGUCGCUGCAACUCGAAUGUAUCAGUGAUACCUCGCAAGUUAAAGACCUGGAAAGUAUUUAUGAAGCUCUAAAAUCUCUACCUGCAACGCUUGGUCGAUCCUACGCCGCCAUUCAUUGCCGAAUUGAGUCAAUGAAGGCUCGCUCAUCCGACGGUUCGAGAUUAAUUAUCAUCAGAUCAGCCUGUACCCAAAUCGUAGCAGCUGACACAAUCUACAGAUAUCUCGAAUCCGUUGAGAUCUAUCGCGAUAAAGAAGUGUGCUAUAGCAUGGCCCUGAGGUGCCUGGGUGCAUAUCUGGGCGAAGGUUGUGGUGAAAAUGGAUUUCUCAAAUACGCUACAAACUAUUGGCCAUCUCAUGUGGAGGACCUUGGGUGUGCACCCCAGAGAGCCAAAGUUGUUCCUCGUCUCACAGACUUCUUUACAAAAGAAGAGCACUUUGAUGACUGGCUGGACAAUUUCGAGCUACAGCAGAAAAGGCAGUUCUAG